AAUGUUGGUGCUACCGUAGAAGGAAAGCAGUUGCAUGGCUAUUUGAGGGUAAAUGUCAUAUAAGUCCCUCAUUUGUGUCAUGCGGAUGACACAGGACUACAAACUGUCAACUUUGUGGACGGCGUUAACGGCGGGACUACGUAAAUGCGUAUUACAUGAGGGACUAACUUGAUGUAAUUAGAAGGUUAGGGACUAAAAUGAGACAAAAAAAAUAUUUUAGGGACCACAGCCGUAAUUAACCCUAAAAUAAGCAUAUUAACUGUAAAAUUUUAGGUAAUGCAGGUGUGUUUUUAAAGAGAGUAUUUACCGGGGGGGUGGGAGUCGAUGAAGUUUUCCCUUUCUGUAAAUACAGAAUAUUCAGACCGACUCGGGCUUGAUCGGUGCUAAAGGUGAACGGACGAACAAUCAAACUCCACCGUCUAUCCACGACCCAGAAUUUCGAUUAAGCUCACAAAUCCCAAACCCCAACCCUAACCCUAAUUUUUAUUGUACUUGGUUACCUGUGUAAUGUAUGAACAAUUGAGGCAGCUUUAGUCGAUUUCUCCCCAAUAUUUGUGGAAUUGGCUAGGAAUUCCAAGUGAAGUGAGCGCUCUUCUACGCUUUUAAUGGCCGAUAUCGCCGAAAGCUCUUCCACUCCGUUAAAGAAUGACAAGCCUGUUAUUGUUAGGGUUAAAAGGAAAGCUUUUCAAUCUCCACUCGAAGCUUUCUGGCUUGAAAUCAAUGAGAGACCGCUCAAGCGGCCAUUGCUGGACUUCGAUAAGCUAUCUCUCUCCGAUUCAUCUGCAAAAGAAUUAAAGGCGAAAAAAGUUUUUGUACAUCAUGUGGAUACAGUAAGGAGCUCCAAGGUCACUGCCAAUAUACUGCAAUCAUUUGUGCCUAAUCAUGUGGAUGCAUCUAAAUCUAAAACGAAAAGUGAGGAUCCUAGACGUAGCUUUAACACAAAGAAGAAACAAGAUCAAUUGCUGGUUAAAGCUAAACAAAAGCAAGAGAUUUUGUCAAAAAAUGCCCGUUUUGAACAAAUAUGGAGGAGCAGAAAGGGAAAGAUAGAUGUACUGCAUGAAGAAGCAAUACGUGAAAUGUGUAAUUUUUAUGAUGUUGUUCGUGUCGAUGUUGAGGAAACUACCAACGGGGUGCAAAAGGAAGUCACAGAUACAGAUUUGGAGGAUCAUAUGAUGAUGUCUAGUUAUUUGCCUCUGUUAAGAGAGUUCAUUCCAAGUGCUGCCGCUGAGAUUGAAUCUGAUAUCCAUGAUUACAUGUCCAAACACAAUCAUGCAUUUGAGGAUGGCUAUGUAUAUGACUUGUAUGCUGUGAAGGAUGAUAUCAGCAUACCCGAGGAAGAUGCUUCAAACCCAUUUCCUUUGGUACAAGUUGAUGACGACGAUAGUUUCUAUAAUGGACCUAGUGACUCAGACUAUGAAAGUGAUGAUUCUAAUGCUGAAAACAAUCCACUAAAUGAUUAUCCGGAUGAAGAGCCAUCUGAGGAUGAGAAAGAUGUCAAGAGCAGUUCUUCUGAUGAUAAAUCAGAAGAACUUGAGAGUGCAAGUGGCAGCGAUGAAUCUGUUGAACCUCAGUUAGAAACCGAUGACUCUGCAGAAAAUGAAGAUCUCAUGUAUGAAGAUGAGUUUUACAGUGACGAUGAUGACAAAGCUUAUGAUAAAGAGUAGAGAUGGUCUUAUGGUUGGUUAGUUUUUGGUGGACUAGACUCUCUUUUAUAUAUCGCUUCCUCCAUGAUCCAUCUAUGUAGUUUGCUAUAUAGCUGAUUGAAGGCUGGUAUUGUACAUUUUCCUGAUCCACUGUACUUAAAAUUCGUUUAACAACGUUUUCUAAUUCACCAGAUCGUAAGUAGAUGCUGUUAGUUUAAGAGAUACAGUGAACAUUGUUAUAGGCUCUACUGAACUCCUUCAGUAUAGCCAAGUAAACCUGACACCAACCUAGCUGAGGAUUUCUAAUCAGC